AACAUCAGGAAAAUUUUUUUUUAUAAUAUAAUAAUAAUAUUGUUUUGAAAGUUUUUAAAUAAAUAGUAAUGAAAUCUUAGUUGUCUAUUUAUAAAUGCGAUUAUUAAUUGUCACAUCUGAAGAAAAACGUUGUGAAUAAAGUUUGUUUUUAUAAAUGAAAUAACUAUAUUAAUUCCGCAAUUCCGAAUCUUUAGAAUACAUGGAAGAUAUAUUUUUAAAAAUAUAAUUAAGGAAAAACAACUAAUCUAUCUUAAUACAGAUACCAGAUAUGAAAGAAAAAUGAAAUCAAUAAUUUAUUAUUAACACAGUGUUUAUGAAAUUAAAGGAAAUGAAGGAAAUUUGUUGAAGUUUUUGAGGUUAGAUUAGCACACACAUAUAGCAGACGACGCCUCCUGUCAUGAUAUGGAUUUACUUUCGAAAAGCUUUCUGCACGUUUAAAAAGGAGUAGGCGUUUCAUAAAAACCCAAGUAAAUGCUGUCUUUUAGCUCAGACGACGACUAGUCAACCAACAAGUGAUACGUGUCAUUUUCAUUGUUUAUUUUCCGACUGAGAAAAAGUGAUAUAAAUUUCGUCAGCAAACAUGUGUGGAAUUUUCGCAUAUUUGAACUACUUGACUCCAAAAAGCCGAAGAGAGAUUCUUGAACUUUUAGUUGGUGGUCUGAAGAGACUCGAAUACCGAGGAUAUGAUUCAGCAGGAGUUGCCCUUGACAGUCCAGAUGGGAAGGACAUUUCAAUAAUCAAAAAACAGGGAAAAGUUAUUGCCCUCGAAGAAGAAAUAUUUCACUGUACUAAUUUUGAUUUUGAAUCGAAAAUAGAGUGUCAUGUUGGAAUUGCUCACACUCGUUGGGCAACUCAUGGCGUUCCAUCUGAAAUAAAUUCUCAUCCCCAACGAUCUGAUAUUGACCACGGUUUUGUUGUUGUUCACAAUGGUAUCAUUACCAAUUACAAGGAAGUCAAGACACUUUUGGAACAAAGAGGAUAUAUUUUUGAGAGCGAAACUGACACGGAAAUAAUUGCAAAGUUAAUUCAUCAUCUUUGGGUUCAACAUCCGACCUACUCGUUUCGCGAACUCGUCGAACAAGUCGUUCAACAACUAGAAGGUGCUUUUGCUCUUUGCUUCAAAAGUAAAUAUUUCCCUCACGAAUGUGUGGCUACGAGGCGAGGUUCUCCAUUAUUGGUUGGAAUAAAAACGAAAAAACGUUUAGCCACCGAUCAUGUUCCAAUUCUCUAUGGGAAAGUGUUGGAUGGUAAUUCUUUUUAUGACCUUCCACGCACACCUAAAGAUGGUGAAGCACCAACUAAAGAUCAUCGUCCUCAUGGACGUCCGACAGAAAUCCCAGUUAUGACGAGGAGCGAUAGUACUUCCGAGUUCCAACCACUGGAAGAUAAAGAAGUCGAGUAUUUUUUUGCAUCCGAUGCAAGUGCCGUCAUUGAACACACUAAUCGUGUCAUCUUUAUGGAGGAUGACGACGUAGCGGCUGUGAUGAAUGGAGCUUUGAAUAUUCAUCGAGUUCGCCGGUGUAUGGAUGAUCCUCACGCUCGAGAAAUUACGAUUUUGAAGAUGGAGAUCCAGCAGAUUAUGAAGGGUAAUUACGAGUACUUCAUGCAGAAGGAAAUUUUCGAGCAGCCAGAAUCUGUCGUUAAUACGAUGAGAGGACGUCUUAACUUUCAGAACAAUUCCGUCACUCUCGGUGGUAUUAAAGACUAUAUACCGGAAAUAAAAAGAUGCAGGCGCUUAAUGCUGAUUGGAUGUGGUACGAGUUACCAUUCAGCAGUUGCAACGAGACAACUUUUGGAAGAAUUAACCGAAUUGCCAGUGAUGGUUGAACUUGCUUCUGAUUUUUUGGAUAGAAAUACUCCCGUUUUUCGCGAUGAUGUGUGUUUCUUUAUUUCACAGUCAGGUGAAACUGCUGAUACAUUAAUGGCUCUUCGUUAUUGUAAGGCGAGAGGUGCUUUGAUUGUUGGAAUAACGAACACAGUUGGCAGCAGUAUUUGUCGUGAAUCACAUUGUGGUGUUCACAUUAACGCUGGUCCGGAAAUUGGUGUUGCGAGUACAAAAGCUUACACUUCUCAAUUUAUUUCACUCGUGAUGUUUGCCCUUGUAAUGAGUGAAGACCGAAUUUCUUUGAGGGCAAGACGUGAACAGAUUAUCGAGGGUCUGAAAAAUUUGGACAAUCAGAUCCGCGAGGUUCUUAAAUUAGAUGAUAAAGUGAAGGAGCUCGCAAAAUCACUUUUCCAACAUAAAUCUCUUUUGAUUAUGGGACGGGGAUAUAAUUUCGCCACAUGCAUGGAGGGAGCUCUAAAAGUCAAAGAGUUGACGUACAUGCACAGCGAGGGCAUUAUGGCAGGAGAAUUGAAACACGGUCCAUUAGCUCUUGUCGAUGAUUCGAUGCCAGUAAUUAUGAUUGUUAUGCGAGAUCCAGUUUACGUCAAAUGUAUGAAUGCCCUGCAACAAGUGACGGCACGUGAAGGAAGACCUAUUAUUAUUUGCGAGGAAGGUGACGAGGAAACAAAAUCGUUUGCUGAUAGAACUUUGGAAAUACCAAAAACAGUCGAUUGUCUCCAAGGAAUUUUAACUGUAAUUCCAAUGCAACUUUUAUCAUUUCACAUUGCAGUUUUACGUGGCUGUAAUAUUGAUUGUCCCAGGAAUCUUGCAAAAUCAGUUACUGUAGAGUAAAAGAAGAAGAAAAAAAACCCCCAACUGACAUCAAAUUCCACGAAAAAAAUUAUUUUUUAAUAUCAAGAAAGGUCUCGUGAACGAAAAUGACAAACUGUUUUAACGAAUUCGCUAUUUUAUCUCAUUUCUAUUGAAAUAAAUUCAUAAGCAUUUUUUUCCGUGAAAUAAUAUGGAAUAUUUUCUCAUGUAAAAAAUAGAUUUUUUUGCGAAAGAGAAAACGAAACGGGAAAUAUAAUUUUUUUCCCGAGAUUAGAAAUAUUAUAAAUUAAUUGACUUAAAUAAUGUAGAUAUGACGAAAAUGAUAAUAUUGAUGAAAUGAAUUGUUUUCCAUUCGCAAUAGCAUUUAGAAAAUUUUUUAAAAAUCAAAAAAGCGGAAAGUUAGAUUUUAAUUGAAUUAAUGCUUAAUAUAUGGUAAUUAUUUUUUUUCUAUACCAGUUUGUUAGGAAAUUAGUGCUUUCUUCUUUUUAAAUUUAUGAAAAUUUUACAUUAGUUUUAAUUAUAAUUAUAUAUUCAUGUGAUUGCCGUUGUAAUUUUCCUGUAUUCAUAAA